AUGACAGGGCUUAAUAGCAGCGGUGAAAAGAAGCCACCCGAGCUCAGCAAAAGUUUACCUGGGUCACCAAUAGCUGCUGUUUCGCAAACUCUAAGCACUAACAACAAUAUACCCUCCCUUGAAACCCACGACCUUGAGAAAGGAACGUUAGACACGGGUCGAGAUAGCCAUGCCAGCUCCCCUGAGAGGCAAGAUCCCAACCUUGUUACAUGGGCUGGGCCUGACGACGUUGAAAAUCCAAAGAACUGGCCUAACGGGAUUAAGUGGAGGUACACCGUCGCUGUAUCUCUCCUUGUCUUCAUCUCGCCAGUGUCAUCGGCCAUGAUCGCUCCGGCAAUGGAAAACCUUGGCACCGAACUUGGCAUGAACUCCGAGAUUGAAGUGUAUCUGUCCCUUGCCAUCUUCAUACUUGCCUAUGCCGUCGGUCCCAUAUUCUUCGGCCCCGCCUCGGAACUCUACGGGCGUGUGCAACUCCUCCAGAUCAGCAACCUGUGGUAUAUUGCAUGGAAUCUGGGCUGUGGGUUUGCGCAGAAUAAAUCACAGUUCUUUGCAUUUCGUUUCCUUGCUGGUAUUGGUGGCAGUGCUCCGCUUGCUUUAGGCGGAGGAGCCAUCAGUGAUAUAUGGUCUGCUGAGCAGAGAGGGAAGGCCAUGGGGCUCUACACCUUGGGUCCAAUGCUCGGUCCCGUUGUUGGGCCUAUAGGUGGAGGGUUCAUUGCCGAGUACACAACAUGGCGCUGGGUCUUCUGGUCGACUAGCGCUGCAGCUGCUGUUGUCCAGCUGGUUGGGGUUUUCUGGCUGAAGGAGUCGCAUCCUGCCACCCUUCUGAGAUGGAAGCGUAAUGCAUUAUUCAGGGCGACAAGAAACAUCAACCUACAUACGGAAGAGAAGCACGAGAGUUUCCCGGUCAAGCUUGGCAAUGCAGUUCUGAGACCAGCGCGGCUGUUCGCAACUCAGCCAAUUGUCACUUGCAUCUCGGUGUAUAUGGCUUACCUCUUUGGAGUGACGUAUUUGAUGUUUGCGACGUUUCCCACUAUAUGGACGAAAAUUUAUGGCGAGAAACAGAGCAUUGGAGGCCUCAACUACCUUUCAAUCGCUGUUGGAUCGUUCGUUGGCCUGUUCAUCAACAUCAGAUUUGUGGACAGGAUUUACAAGAGCUUGAAAGCCAAAAAUAAUGAUGUCGGCCGACCGGAGUUUCGCAUGCCGUGUAUGAUGGUCGGCUCCGUCAUCACGACCAUCGGUCUCUUCUGGUAUGGGUGGAGUAUUCAAGGUCGCGCGCAUUGGAUCAUGCCUAACAUCGGCGCUUUAAUCUACACAGCUGGGACCAUCUCAUGUCUCCAGGGGAUGCAGACGUAUAUAGUCGACUGCUAUCAGACCUACGCCGCCAGCGCUCUGGCUGCCUGUGCGAUACUGCGCAGCCUGGCCGGGUUUGGCUUCCCUCUCUUCGCCCCUUAUUUAUAUAAAGACCUGGGCUAUGGCUGGGGUACCACUGUUCUGGCCUUUUUGAGUAUCGCGAUUGGGUGGACUGCACCUUUUAUUUUCUGGUACUUUGGCCCUAAGCUUCGGGCCAUAUCGCAAUAUGCUUCCGGCUAA